AUGGAUCGCAUGUCAUCCCAACAAGGUAGCCCUUCUCAUGGCGUCAUGAUGCCGCCCCCCUAUGCCAACUUGAAACCGGCAAUGGUGGACUAUAUUGUCAACUCGGACGAUGUCCCAGUCGGCGCCAAGUUGCAUGGGCAUGGCCUAACGGCGAUUACCCCGCCGUGCUUUUUAUAUCGAGAACACCCUGCGGGACCGGCAUCCGAGUUUUCGGCCACACCAGACUCCACGUAUGGUACCAACAGCUUCCGUAACAAGCCGAGUACUGGCGGGCGCUCUCUUCACGAUGGCUCCAACGCCACGACGUUGAGCGGGUUGGCCCGUUUGGAUACUGCUAUUGGUGGUAUACAACUAGACACGCGGUCUGCAGCCUCGCUGCCUCCAUCUGACUUUUACAUGCCCGCGACCAGUGACUCCGAAAAUUGGACACAGGGAAGUAUACCAACGUUCAGCCAUAUGACGCACGAUGACCUGUUUGAAAAUGCCACUACUGGCUUCGACACGACAGACAUGUUCAGCACUCCGGAUAUCAACGACAGCCAGAGCGUGAACGGGGCUGCAGAGAUUGUUGAGCUCCACUCGUUUCAGAACCAGAACGGUCACAACUGCUCUCUGUGCCCAAAAAAUAACAGAAAAGUCACCAAAACAAGGUCCGAGAUGAUAAAUAACGACCCACUGGAAAGUGAUCUUGCUGGCAUGGGCCUCCCUUCCGAACCAGAUAUCACCCAAUCGCCGGCUUUGGACACCGAAGUUGGCUCUAUCGACUUGCACGAUUUCGUGUCGGAAAUGAACGAACUCAUGGCCGAGCCGUUUACAAGUGCCACAUGGACCAGCGCCUCUACAAGACCAUUGGUGCCCGCGACGAAGAACGAGUCCAUGGCAACGCGGUUAAUGUCAUCAAAACUUCGUAGCAUUCACCCGACGAUAUCGGCGACGAGUGACGUUUUCAAUUUUGCAUCGGCACUGCCUCUGAGCCUUCCUUCCCCGACGCUCUUGUCACCACAAAUCCCGUCAUCCGCCCCAAGCCUCGGGCAUCAAAGGCCAAGUACCUUUCAUUCCACCCCGAAUCCACCUGUGACUGUCCAUCAGCUAUACGGCCACCCAUGGCAGCAAAGGAUGAACCCAAAGCCGCCACUUGAUCGUCCUCGGGAUGGCAGUGAUGUCCUUUUUGGCACGCACACGUGGCCAAGAUUUGAGCGGCACUCAGUUCCUGUUGAACCAGUGGCCCCGAAACGAGAUGUGCACCGCGCCUAUGCGGAUCGCUAUGGCAUGGAUGCGAUUCGACGUAUGCAAACAGGCCCCGACCCGUCACCUCUGCUCAAGUACACGGACGGAACAUGGGCGUCUGUACACUUUCAUUCAAUGCUUGCGGGUCCUAGCAAGGGCAUGUCUCCCGGUCUCGACGCCGUCGCAGGAGCCCCUAAUCGCCACAUCCAACUUCAAGACGACCUAUCUGAAAUAAUGGCGGUUGAGACGCAGACGAGCUCUGAUGGCGGCCGGAAUGACGACGUUGCUGCCAGCAUUGACGCUGUUGCUAUAAACGAAGGCGAUAGCAUGAAACAGCCGCAGCAACCAUUGAAGCGCCAACGUGGGGAAGAGAAAUCGCAUGAUCAAGAUGCACAAGAGGAGCAACGAUUAAAGGUGUCUAGAGCGUCGCCGACAGUGUUGCAAGAGACACAGGAAGUUACACGUGAUCUAUCUGUUGGCGCAGAGAGCUACAUUGACCUCACAGUACCCGACGUGGAGAGCGAGUUUGAGGAUGUCGAUGCCAAAGGUCCCACCGACGUCGACGAGACGUACGCUUCGGCUGCUGUUAUGGAUGACAUUGCGUUUGAUACUUUGUCAGACGACCGCCUACAAGCUGUUUUGAAGAGAUUGAAGAGGCUUGAUGACGCUGGCGGCCGACUGGAAAGCCUAGGAUUCCGGCUGGUUGAGGUUCCCGUAACUCCGGCAAAACGCAGUGUGCCGAGUGUGCGAUCAGAGCAUACAGCUACAAAGGAAGCAGGGCGUCACCCUUGUGCACAGGAUGGAUGCUCUGCAUCGUUCGUCAGCAAGGCGUCAUUACGAAAACACGAGAAGCGGCACCAGCGUCCAUAUGCAUGCACCUUUAGCUGCAUGAUGAAGGGCAGCGAUGCAAAGCUGUUUGGUAGCAAGAAUGACUGGAAGCGGCACGAGGAAGGCCUCCAUUUCCAAGAGCCUGUUCAUGGUGAGGAGUGGCAGUGUGGUGAGAUGAUGGAUACGGUGGACGAGAACGUCCGCGUCCCUUGCUGCCAAGUCUUCAAGUCGGCGCCGAUUUACCGGCGGCACCUGGUCCGACAACAUGGCUACAGUGUGGACGACAAGAAAACACUUCGUGAGAAGACGGCGCGAUACAGGGCUGUUCCAGCCGAAAGCUGUAGGUACUGGUGUGGCUUUUGCGAGACAUACAUUCGCGUCACUGCUCGGGUUCAGCCAGCUAGUACCAAAACAAGUGGUGAAAGCAGCAACAGCGAUACCAACGCCAAAGCUGUCGCCGAAAGCUCCGCUGCCAACAUGGACGACGCUGACGACGACGACGCCGGCAAGGGAAAGGGAAAGCAAAGGGAGACUGCGUCAGAACCUCAACUGUGCCGGGACGGAUACAUUCUCUUUUCCGAGUUCUUGAGCAAGCGGUUUAACCACAUUGACAAUCACUUUGUGGGCCGCGGCGAGCGGAAAAUGAACAUUGCAGAGUGGGUGCCCGACGAUGCACUUGGACCCGAGCCCAACUACAAUGACAGUGAAGUUUCCUUACGGAGCCACCGAAGCAACCACGACGACGCGGCGUUUCGGAAACGACACCAUGGAGAUGACCAGCUGUCCAGGACGAAGCGGAGUAAAUCGUCGAGACGAAAAGCUGGAGCGCGCUUCUUUUCAUGGGUUUGUUGCCGUUGCAAGAUCAUCAACACCGCCAAUUCGGAUGUCAUGUGCAACGACUGCCAGCACGCCAUGUGCGGUGUGUGUGACCGCGAGUGA